UGUAAAAGCAAGGAAAUUGCAACGGGAUGUGAGCGCGCCGCACGUAGCCCAGACACCUCCAGCCAGACACCUAACCCACAAACUCGCCAAACUCGCGGCCCUGCGUGAUCUGCUGCUGACAUUCAGCACCAGAAAAACGCUGAUCACAAUGGCAACCUCAUCACCAACUCUCCUCAACCUCUCUUUCGAGGUCUUCGGCAAAGUUCAAGGAGUCUUCUUCCGAAAAUACACAGUAGAAAAAGCCACCCGACUCGGGAUCGUUGGAUGGGUGCGCAACACGGACAGAGGCACUGUCGAGGGGGUCGGGCAGGGGACUAAAGGUCCGGUCGAUGCUUUGGAGACGUUCAAGCAGGAUCUAAAGAAAGGCUCACCGCAGUCCACAGUCGAGCGCGUGGACAUCAAAGAGGAAAACCCGAUAGACGCAGUCACGUUUCCAGAUUUUGAAAAGCGGAAGAAUGUACGGCGUUGAGAUGUGUAGAGUUAUAGCAGCAUGGGGGUGUAGAUAGGUGGUUAUGUGCGCGGGGGUAUGUCU